CCUCGGGGCUCCCCGACCAGGGGCCAGAUCUAGCCGCCCACACACCUGGGCUCUGCCCGGGCCCCCAGUGAUCCCGCUAACACAUCAAGACAAGAUUUAUUUCCAGGACUAUAAACAGGUAAACGCACCCCACGCCAAGGUAAAGAGUCUUGUGAGCUGAGCAAUGCCUCCUGGGAAGAAAACAUCUGCUGCAGAUUCUCCAGGAGCCACUCUCACUGUCAACAAGGAAGGGACGCGUGAGCCUGCUGCUGGGACAACAUAAACAGCCAGGGAGGGGCAUAAAAGCUGGACGGCCCUCAGCAUCCCACACAUUCACACACUCACUCACACGCUCACACCCUCCUCCAGCCCCACUGCCCCACCAUGGCUGCAUCCGCCCUGUCCGUCUGCUCCAGCAACCGGAGCUAUGGCAGCCGGGCCUGCCUGCCCGGUUCCUAUGACUCUUGCACGGACUCCUCCUGGCAGGUGGACGACUGUCCAGAGAGCUGCUGUGAGCCCUCCUGUUGUGCCCCCAACUGCUGCCAGCCCACCUGCUGUGUCCCCAGCUGCUGCCAGCCCACCUGCUGUGUCCCCACCUGCUGUGCUCCAGCCUCAUGCUUGACCCUUGUCUGUGCCCCAGUGAGCUGUGUGUCCAGCCCCUGCUGCCAGGUGGCCUGUGGAUCCAGCCCCUGCCAAUCAGGUGGCCUGUGGAUCCAGCCCCUGCCAAUCAGCCUGCACCAGCUCCAGCCCUCCUGCUGCACCUCCUGCAGUGUGCCAGUCUGCUGUAAACGGGUGUGCCGCAGGCCUGUCUGUUCUAGGGCCACGCUCUGCUCAGCCCCCUUGAGCUGCUACGGACCCUCCUCCUACCUCUCAUCCUGCUAUCGACCUUCCUCCUGCACCUCGUCCUGCUACAGGUCCUCCUCCUGCGUGUCCCUCACCUGCCGCCCUGUGUGCAGGCCUGCCUGCUGCCUUCCUGCCUCCUCCUACUGUGGCCCCGCCUUCUCCUGCCGGCCCAGCUGCUACCGCCCAUCCUCCUGCGUGUCCUUGAUCUGCCGCCCUGUGUGCUCCCGCCCAGUCUGCUGAGUCCCUGCCUGGGCCAGAAGUCCUGCUGCUGACUGGGCACAUCCCCCAGGGCCAGCCUGGCUCAGGUCCCACCGCAGGACUGUGGCUCUCCCAGCCACCCCUCCAUCCAGUCCCAACCCAUGUCAGGAGGCUGCCCCAUCUGGAAGCUGACUCCCCAUCCUGAAAUGCUCCAGCACUUAGACCUGGUGACUGCUGGUCCAGCCUGCUGCUGAGCUGGACACGUGGAAGAACUAAAGGACCAGACUCAAUGCAAUCGCUCGUGAGGGGCGAUAGGAAGUCCUCAUGGCAGUGCCCCCUCCACGUCUCCCACCCUCCUGAGGACCAGCUC